GGAGGCUGGAGAGUGGGUGAGUGCCAUUCAAAUGGCUUCGCGACGCGCAUUCCGCGCGCCACGUGAUGAUCGCGUCGGCACGUCAAAGCUGUCGAUCAUAUACGGUGCAAGAGGAUCUACAAUCCUAGCUGAGGAGGUUGCAAAUGGACAAUCUUGCUAUGGGCAAAUCAUGAGGCUCACUCUAGCUGAUCUCGCGGAUAGAGCACCAAUACGUUAGAAGCCAAGGUAAGCGACACCUCACGCGCUCAUUUCAGUCCUGGCCAAGUUCAGUUCGGGAAACACGAAGCAGGGUACUUUGUCAUACUGUUUUCUCUCCAGUUCAAGGAAGAGAAUAUCCUCUGAGAGCCGACGCCUUCGAAGCUUGUACCGGACAGGAUGCUCCUGGACUGAACAAAGGAUUUGAAAGCGGGACUCUGAAGAUCUGCGUUUCUACACUGUAAUAUGUACAUCGGCAAGAGGCCUGGGUCCAAAUGAUCCAAAAAGACAAAUAUAUUCGACUCACUGUCUCCCGGGACCCUUGGAUCUAUUUAGCUAUAUUAGUCCAGGACGGUCUAAUGUAUAAUUGGCCCCAAAGUCUGCGACCUUGUCACGGCAUUGGCAAUUUGCCUCUUUUUGCGGGGUAGUCCAUCGACUUCUCAGGACCGCGCUUGGCCCUCAUUCUUCAGCCCGAUCAUUGGUCUACACGAAGUUUAAUCGACCACGAUCCCCGGCAACUUUGACUCGCCCGCUUUACUGGGCAGUCAAUACUCCCAUCAUGCCGACCGUGGUAGGAGACUGGGCGAAGACAUGGGGGUAAGAGAACUUAAGUCGACUCUUCAGGCCUCCCCCUCUUAGACUGCCUGCUGCUCCUUCUCAGCGCUAAACCUCCGUCUACACGGCACAAGUUGCCCAGCUUCGUGGGCAUGUAUCCGACCGGUUCCUCUCCUGGUCGGCCUAGCUCAUCACAGUAUGUUUAGAUCCCUGCGGGAUCUCCAGAACCAGUCAUCGCCACUAGGAACGGGGAACAGCACGAUCGACGAUGCCCGCGAUAUCAGCGUCAUCGUGUUCAUGGCCAUCGCCUUGUACAAUACCCUCGAACUGGCGAUCCUCAUCCCGCUAUCCUUUCACCGCUAUCGCAGCCUCUACUUCUGGUCCCUGUUGACAUCGGCCGUCCUCGGCGUGGCGCCCUUUGCUAUUGCGGGAGGAUUGCAAUACUUCAAUUUGGAGCCACUGAGCGCCACCGUCGUCGUGCAGAACGUUGCAUGGAUCUUGAUGGUACCUAAUCAGUCCGUGGUUCUCUACUCACGACUGCACUUGGUGUCGCAAAACCCGACGAUCCUGAAGACCGUGCGGUGGCUGAUCGUCCUCAGUCUGGUCGUGAUAGUAAUCCCCACUAUCGUGUUGAAUGCGGGCUGGAGCUACAACCCCCAGUCGCCAAGUUGGAGUCGCGGGUAUUUUGCCAUGGAACGCAUCCAAAUGACCUGGUUCACUGCGCAAGAAUGUUUUAUCUCGGGAAUAUACAUCUGGAAUACGACGCAAUUGAUUCGAUCGAGUCCGACGGGCGAUGCGAAGCGGCAUAAGAUCUUGUCUGAAUUACUGGCCGUCAAUUUCGUUGUUAUUAUCAUGGACCUGGCACUGGUGAUUCUCCAGUAUUUGAACUUAUAUUUUACGCAGGUGAUUUUCAAAGCGACCGUUUAUAGUGUCAAGUUGAAGCUUGAGUUUGCCGUGUUGGGCAUGCUGGUUUCGAUUGUUCAUAGGCGAGACUCGGAUGAGAGUUUUUGGCGGACUGAUGAAAUGAUUGCGAAUCCUGCCUGA